AAGGAAACGAAGUAAUUUGGAAAGAAAAAGAAGUUUGGGGGGCAAUUGUGUGAGGUGCUCAAACAGAGUCGGCGCUACUUUACCCCCCCAAAAAAUCAACGAAUCCGACAUAAAGAAGGUUUCUUUUAUACAACCCUAACCUUAGACGCCACCCUCAAUUGUAACCGACAAGGAUUUGGAUCCCAGAGAAGGUAACUCUAUAAAUUCUCUACCCCUUCCGGCUUUCAAAACCCAUCGUCUCUAAGAAUUCAAAUCCUCCGGGUGGUUGUUGUGAAUGGUGGAAAUCUUAAGCAGUCGCAGUUUCAUGCGCUCCCUCUUACACUCAAGGGCGAGCGCUGCUUUCACUUUCGCUUUCGGAUCUUGCAUGAAAGGCUGGUACUACCGCUGCCUCGGCCUCGACCCCUGAAUCUCUCUCCCGACACCGAUAAUCCGAUUUCUUGACAUUCUUCUCCAUCUCUCUCUCUUUAUCUCUCUCUCGCUCUCUCCUAUUUUAUGUGUUUUUUCCCCUUGUUUUUUAACACCACACCCCCGUAGCCAUUCCGCAUCCAUUCCAAACUCUGGGAUUUAUCGCCGUCGAUACCUGAAAAUCUACAUCUGGGGUCCAACUGUUCGUUUUUGCAUUUUGUUGUUCUGAUAUUUUUGGAGUUCGCGAAGAUGGUGUUGUACAAGCCGAAGAAAAAUCAGAACGCCAAGGGCAACAGGCUCUUGGUGAGUAUUACGGUCCUGGGCAGCGCCGGUCCGAUCCGGUUCGUGGUCAGUGAGCACGAGCUUGUCGCCACUGUGACCGACACCGCUCUCAAAUCCUAUGCGCGUGAAGGUCGGCUUCCGGUUCUUGGGUCGAAUCUCGAUGAUUUCUUUCUCUACUGCCCCAAUGCUGGACCUGAUGCUUUGAGUCCUUGGGACACAAUUGGAUCACAAGGAGCUCGGAACUUCAUGCUAUGCAAGAAGCCCCAGCCGGUGAAAGUUGCAGAUGAUGGAAGAUCGAUACCUGCAAUGUCUCGAAGGGGGAAUGGGAGUUGGAGGUCACGGAUCAACAAGGCUCUCAAUCUAAGGAUUUCUUCCCAUUAAUCAUUCUCUCAAUUGUGGAUGAUUUUACCAUUGGUUUUGUUAGUUUGUUUCUGGUAAUUGGAGUUAUGACAAGGAAAAUGAAUUGUUUCUGCUGUCAUGCUCGAUGAUCAGACACUGCCGGUCCCUUUUUUUUUUAUUUUUUUAUUUAUUUUUAGUUUCAAUGUUAUCGUUUGUGUCGGAGAACCUUGCUAUAGUUUCAGGAAUAAAUGUCCUCUUUUGAGUU